CCUGUAUAUAUAUAGGUUGUUUACAUCCUGGAUCGCUUCAUUUUUAAAAAACUACUUAUCGUUUAAACACAUAAUCGCUCCUCGUGUGUAAUCUUCGUCUCUUCAUUUAGCAACAAACAAGCUGUCACAAUGAAGAAUUUAAGUGUGUAUAUACUUAUAGCUGUUUCUGCAUUGUUGUUAAGCUUCUUAGGUGCAAUGGCAAACGUUGAAACCAAAAUAUCAGCUAACAACAAUAAAAAGCUGGUUUGUUACUAUUUUGCCUCUGGCCUCCUUCAUGUCACAGACAUUGACCCAUUCUUGUGUACACAUCUCAUUUUUGCAUUUGCAAAGUUUAAAGAUGGUGAAUUAAUUGAAGUAUCACCAUCUGACAUCAAAAUCUACGGGCAAAUGGUCGAUCUGAAGCUGAAAAACCCUGCGUUAAAAGUGAUGCUGUCGGUGCAGAGAGGUUUUUCGGAAUUGGUCAAUUCAGAUGAUGAUACUCUUAAAAAAUUCUACAAACAAGCCAUACAUUAUUUAAGGGAAUAUCGAUUCGAUGGAAUUGAUCUCGACUGGGAGUUUCCUAAGGCUAAUGAGAAAGAGAAGUAUUCAAGAUUUCUAAAAGAGUUCCGUGCUGCUAUAACAAACCAUUCCAAAACUUCUGUUAGACCUCCACUGUUACUGACAGCAGCUUUACCAAAUAAUGUACGAAAACUAGAAAACUACGAUAUUGAUACUCUCAAUAGCACUUUAGAUUUUGCUACAGUGAUGACCUAUGACUUCCACAUGUUCAUCAAAAAUGUAGACGUCAACACAGGGUUCAACAGUCCACUUUACCCAGCGAUAUAUGAAAGAAAACUUUCCAGUACGGUUGGUCUUAUGGAUUACUACUUGAAAACAGGUUUUUCUCCGUCGAAACUUCUCGUUGGACUCCCAACGUAUGGUCGGACAUGGAAAUUGAAAACAGCUGAAAACCAUGGAGUCCAUGCCCCUGCUGUUGGCAAAGGGGAUCCAGGAUCAAUAAUCCAUAGCAGAGGGGUCUUUACAUAUCCUGAGGUAUGCCUUGCUCUAAAAAAUGGUUCUAAUUAUGUUUGGGACGCUGACUCUGAGGUACCUUACCUCUACAAUGAUCUCUUAUGGUGUAGUUUUGAGGACCCUAGGAGUGCUGCCAACAAGGCGAAACAUUUUCUAAACAAAUGUGGUGGAGUUGGUGUUUGGACCAUUACUUUUGAUGAUGCUGAAGGAAAAUAUUCGAAAGACUAUCAAAAGUUCCCAAUAAUUACUGCUGUGAAAAAUGUUAUAAUGGGAACUGAGAAUAAAGAUUCCUCACCAGUUUCACAACCCCUGUUAUAAAUUUUGUUGUUUUAUCCAAACAAUUUUCAAAAAUAAUACUUUAUAAUAAAAUUUUCUUUAAAAGACAAA